AUGUCGACGCCUUCGCCCUUCUCUGCCAGUCUGUUCUUCUCCGGAGUCUUCCUCGGAACUGUUCUCGGCGCACGCCUGGCACGCGUGCGACUGAAUCCGCCUUCCUCUUCCUCGUCUGCCUCUUCUUCGUUUCCUUCCUUGUCUUGUCUUGCUGACGUUCUUGGCGCUCUGUGGUAUUCUUCGUGUGGUUCUGUGUGGGGUUCUGUGUGGGGCGGGUCUGAGCCCCGUCGGCCCUCUCCUGCGUCGCCUGCGUCAUUCGGGCCCAGCGCGACCGAGGAACCCGAGCGCGGCGACGGGGCGAGAGAACCUUGUUCGCCAAGCGAGCUCCCUUCGCCCUCGCCCAGGCCGUCGGCGCCCCCGGACGACGCCGGCGGCAGCACCAGUGGAGACACUAGCGGCGGAGACAGUUGGGUUGACGUCGACAGCGUGAAGGGCGAAGAAGGGGCGAGCGCGCGCGAGGAGACAGAGACAGAGCGGCCGAGAGACACGCCGCCGGGCCAGCGCGUCCCGCGCCAGAGAGACGCCCUCGCGUGCGGGCUUUCUGCGAGGAGUCCGACGGCAGAGAAGCUCGCGCUUCCACUCUCUCCAUGCCUGGUGCUCGAGGUGCCGGGCGAGUCUGCGGCUUCGCGGGAAACCCUCGACACUCUCUUCCUGGUCCGUCGACUUGGCGAUUUGCCUCGCCGUCUCUUCUCAGGUGUGCGCUGGCUAGCGGGCUCGCUUGCACGCGCGUCGCCGGCCGGCGCGGAGACACCUGUGGGGCAGCGGGACCGCGAGGAGACACUUUUUCUCGGUUCGCUGCGUGUUCCGGACGCCUGGUGGGGCGAGACGGCUGCCUACGCCCAGCGGUUUAGCCGCCAAGUGCUGCUGGCCUCGUGGGGCCUCUCGGCGCAAAGGCGUCUCCGGCAGAGCUCCGUUCUGAUUGUGGGGUGCGGCGGCCUCGGCUGUCCAGCUGCUCUGUACCUCAGCGCCGCAGGAAUUGGUCGCCUGGGCCUCGUCGACGGGGACGACGUCGAAGUGUCUAAUCUGCAGCGGCAAGUCGCCCAUACGGAAGCUCGCGCGGGGUGGACGAAAGUUCACUCGCUGCGUCACUCGUGUCGGGCCGUGAACUCGCAGGUUAGGAUUCUCCGUUGGCUGGCUGUGCGCUGUCUCUGCUCCGGUCUGCCUGGAGCCUCGCGUCUGGUUGUCGUGGAGACGUGCCCGUUCCACAUCUCCUGGGAAAAUGCACUGAACCUGGUGCGGCGGUUCGACGUGGUCAUCGACGCAACCGACAACCAGCCCACAAGGUAUCUGCUCAACGAUGCCUGCGUCCUCGCUGACAAGCCCCUCGUAUGCGGCAGCGCCCUGCGCUGGGAAGGCCAGCUAUGCGUCUACAACCUCGCGUCGGCUUCGCCUAGCUCUGCGUCGUCCACUCCCAGUUCUUCUCUCCGCUCUCCGUGCUACCGUUGUCUCCACCCUGUCCCGUCAGGAGACGCCGAGGCAGGCGCCUGCGACGUCCACGGCGUGAUUGGUCCGGCACCGGGCGUUGUGGGCAUUCUUCAGGCGCUAGAGAGUCUCAAAAUCUGUGGCGGGUUGGCGCAGGGUGAGGACUCGGCGCGCUUGCUGACUUUCGACGGCCUCGACGUCGACCGCCCCUUUCGGACAUUCCGCCUGAGGCGGAAGCGAGAAGGCUGCGAAGCGUGCGGCACCGGCCUUCAGCGCAUUACAUCGCUCACGCCGCGCCCUGAGUAUUCGGUCGUUUGCCCCUUCCCCGUCCUCCCUGCGCACCAGAGAAUGUCCUCGGCGCUCUUCACGCUCUUGUUUUCUCUCCACCUCGUUCUCCAUCGCCAGCUCUCUUGUCUCCUCACUGAAGGCGGCCUGGCAGGCCUGCUUCUGCAUGCUCGGCAGCCUUCGCUUUCCACGGGGAAAAGAGCCGCGCGAACGCAUUCAAAGAGAGACGAGGCCGGAGCGGGCGACGCCGGAAAAGCGGACGACGACGGCAAGGUCGAAGGCGGACGCAGCACCGAAGCUGAGGCUGCGUCUCUCGGGGGGGGCGUGAGGCAGAGCGAGAGCCGGUUUGGCUCUGGUUUGCGGGACCCGCUUGCGAUGCUCACGUCCUGUCCUUCUCGCUUGUCUUCUCGCCCGCAAACCGCAGCGGCGAAGGCUGCCUUCUGCGCUCGUCUUCUUGCUUUCUCUGCGGGUGUGCGAGGGAACAGAGACGCGACAGAGACAACAGAAGCGGGCCGGGGGGCCGCGGAAGCGACGACCGGGGACAAGGCGGCGUUCGAACAGCGGUUCGCGUCACAGAGCGGCGAGAACCUGGACGCGCCAGGAGCAAACGCAAGCUACGUUCUUUUGCCUAUUGACGUUCGCCCCUUGGAACACGCGCGGGUUGGCCAGCUGCCGUUCUCGAUUCACCUGCCGCUGUCCCAGUUGCAGAAGGAAGUCGACAGCUUGAGGCGGGGACAGACUGAAGCCGAGGAAGCAGAGGACCUCCCAGAGGAGGACGACUGGGAAGAAGAAGUGCAGGAAGCAGACGAGAAGAGGCUGCAGAGGCAACGCGAGGCACGACACGAAGUAGAGUGGACGGGAGAGCAGGCAGAUGAGUGUUGCGACCGAAAGGCCACCACGCAGGAAGAGAGACCCGCGAUGUCGCGCACACACGACCUCGUGCACAUGACGCUUCUUCAGCGUUUUAUCCUCCAGCACAUCCUUCACUUGUCACACUCAGAUUUUCGAAGCAGCCACACUCAGCGCAUGCACGUGAUUUGCGUUCUCAUAUGUAGGCGAGGGAACGACAGCGCCAUAGCCACAAAGCUUCUGGCGAGCUUGAAUGGGGAGACGUGCACCGUGAAACUCCAGAAGCAGGGAUUCCUCUCUAUGCCGAUUGUGUAA